AUGGCCGCGGAAGAGGUAUUGCAGACUGUGGACCAUUAUAAGACCGAGAUAGAGAGGCUGACCAAGGAGCUCACGGAGACCACCCACGAAAAGAUCCAGGCGGCCGAAUACGGACUGGUGGUACUGGAAGAGAAGCUGACCCUCAAACAGCAGUAUGAUGAGCUGGAGGCUGAAUACGACAGCCUCAAACAGGAGCUGGAGCAGCUGAAAGAGGCGUUUGGGCAGUCCUUCUCCAUCCACCGUAAGGUUGCUGAGGAUGGAGAGACUCGGGAGGAAACGCUUCUGCAGGAGUCAGCAUCGAAGGAAGCUUACUAUCUGGGGAAGAUCUUGGAUAUGCAGAACGAACUGAAACAGAGCCGGGCUGUAGUCACUAAUGUCCAGGCAGAAAAUGAGAGGCUCACAGCCGUCGUGCAGGAUCUGAAGGAGAACAAUGAGAUGGGGGAGCUACAAAGAAUACGGAUGAAGGAUGAAAUCCGAGAAUAUAAAUUCCGAGAGGCCCGUCUCCUUCAGGACUACACUGAACUAGAGGAGGAAAACAUCACACUGCAGAAACUGGUGUCCACGUUAAAACAGAACCAGGUUGAAUAUGAAGGCUUAAAGCAUGAGAUUAAGCGAUUUGAGGAGGAGACGGUGCUGCUGAACAGCCAACUGGAAGAUGCCAUCCGGUUGAAAGAGAUCGCUGAGCACCAACUGGAAGAAGCCCUUGAGACCUUAAAAAAUGAAAGGGAGCAAAAGAACAGCCUGCGGAAGGAGCUCUCCCAAUACAUCACCCUCAAUGAUAACCAUAUCAGCAUCUCAGUUGAUGGGCUCAAGUUUGCUGAGGAUGGGAGUGAACCCAACAAUGAUGACAAAAUGAACGGACAUAUCCAUGGGCCCCUUGUGAAACUGAAUGGAGACUAUCGGACUCCCACUUUAAGGAAAGGAGAGUCUCUCCACCCUGUUUCUGACUUGUUCAGUGAGCUGAACAUUUCAGAAAUACAGAAAUUGAAGCAGCAACUUAUGCAGGUAGAACGGGAAAAGGCCAUUCUUCUGGCCAAUCUCCAGGAGUCACAGACACAGCUGGAACACACCAAGGGGGCACUGACGGAACAGCACGAACGGGUGCACCGGCUCACGGAGCAUGUUAAUGCCAUGAGGGGCCUACAGAGCAGCAAGGAGCUCAAGGAGCUAGAUGGGGAAAAGGGCCGGGACUCAGGGGAGGAGGCCCAUGACUAUGAGGUGGACAUCAAUGGCUUAGAGAUCCUUGAAUGCAAAUACAGGGUGGCAGUAACUGAGGUGAUCGAUUUGAAAGCUGAAAUUAAGGCCUUAAAGGAGAAAUAUAAUAAAUCUAUAGAAAACUAUACUGAAGAGAAGGCCAAGUAUGAGAGUAAGAUCCAAAUGUAUGAUGAGCAGGUUACAAGCCUUGAGAAGACCACCAAGGAGAGUGGAGAGAAGAUGGCCCACAUAGAGAAUGAGUUGCAAAAGAUGACCAGCAUAGCCAAUGAAAAUCACAAUACCCUUAAUACAGCCCAGGAUGAAUUGGUGACAUUUAGUGAGGAGCUUGCUCAGCUUUAUCAUCAUGUAUGUCUGUGUAAUAAUGAAACCCCUAACAGGGUCAUGUUGGACUACUACAGGCAAAGUAGAGUCACCCGUAGCGGCAGCCUGAAAGGCCCCGAUGAUCCCAGGGGACUUUUGUCUCCACGGUUGGUCAGGCGGGGUGUGUCAUCCCCGGUAGAAACAAGGACCUCACCUGAACCAGUUUCAAAAGAAAACACAGAGGCCAGCAAAGAACCAAGUCCAACUAAGACCCCCACCAUCUCUCCUGUUAUUACUGCCCCACCAUCAUCUCCAGUAUUAGAUACAAGUGACAUUCGCAAAGAGCCAAUGAAUAUCUACAACCUUAAUGCCAUAAUCCGGGACCAAAUCAAACAUCUGCAGAAAGCUGUGGACCGGUCCUUGCAACUGUCUCGUCAAAGAGCUGCAGCACGGGAGCUGGCCCCUAUGAUCGAUAAAGACAAGGAAGCCCUAAUGGAAGAGAUCCUCAAGCUCAAGUCCCUGCUGAGCACCAAACGGGAGCAGAUCGCCACACUGAGAGCGGUGCUGAAAGCCAACAAACAGACAGCUGAGGUGGCAUUAGCUAAUCUCAAGAACAAAUAUGAAAAUGAAAAGGCGAUGGUGACUGAAACUAUGACAAAACUUAGAAAUGAACUGAAGGCUUUGAAAGAAGAUGCAGCAACUUUCUCAUCCCUGAGAGCAAUGUUUGCAACAAGAUGUGAUGAAUAUGUCACACAGUUGGAUGAGAUGCAGAGACAGUUAGCAGCUGCAGAGGAUGAAAAGAAGACUCUAAACACUUUGUUACAAAUGGCUAUCCAGCAAAAACUCGCCCUGACCCAGCGGCUGGAGGACUUAGAGUUUGACCAUGAGCAGUCCCGUCGCAGCAAAGGCAAACUUGGAAAGAGCAAGAUCGGCAGCCCUAAAGUAAGUGGGGAGGCAUCAGUCACCGUGCCCACCAUAGACACUUACCUCCUGCAUAGUCAGGGCCCACAGACACCCAACAUUCGGGUCAGCAGUGGCACUCAGAGGAAAAGACAAUUUUCACCUUCCCUUUGUGAUCAGAGCCGUCCCAGGACUUCAGGGGCUUCCUACCUACAGAAUUUAUUAAGAGUUCCCCCUGAUCCCACCUCCACAGAGUCAUUUCUUCUGAAGGGCCCCCCUUCCAUGAGUGAAUUCAUCCAAGGGCACCGGCUCAGCAAGGAAAAAAGGUUAACCGUGGCUCCACCAGAUUGUCAGCAGCCUGCUGCCUCCGUACCGCCACAGUGCUCACAACUAGCCGGGAGGCAAGACUGCCCAGCUGUCAGUCCUGACGUAGUUCUGCCUGAUGAGCAGCCACAUUCCAGCUCGCAGUGCGCCCCUCUCCACUGUCUCUCCAAGCCUCCUUACCCCUAGUCUUCAUCUCCCGCGGACAAACACUUGUGGUGAACGUUUUGUAGCCAUACACAGGAUACUGCCCAAGAUCCAGCGGCUGGUUUCUUCUCAUUGGUUAGAUGUUUGAUUGCAUUAAUGGCCAUCAUUUUGGAAGAUAAGAGGAAGUUGGGAAGAAUAACACAAAGCACAGACUCCAGUGUAGCAAAAUACUUUAUGGUUUCUCUAAAUCACAGAUAAACUUCUGUAAUCAAAUGGCUACCGUUAAAUUAAAUCAAAAUAAAAUGAAACAGGAAAUAUGUAUCUCAGAUGGCUGGCUUUACCUCGAUAGCAUAAGAGAGACCUAAGACGAUGUAAAAUACGUAUAUUGUAAAAUCAUCUUUCCUUAUACUUCAAUUUCAGCUAUAGAAGUUAAUUCUAAUUUUUUGGUCAUUGAUAUUUAUUUUGUACUUUAUUUGCCACAUAUAUAUGUCUGUAAAAAUCAUUUCUGUGAGAGGUGAACAUCAUUUAUUUUAAGAUAUGCAUAAUAUGCUCAAUUAAGUAUGAGUUUUAAUUUAGUUUGAAAUCUGGAAUUGGCCGGACUGGUCAUUUUUCUUGCACAAAAUGAUAAACGAGGUGCAUCGGAAUGUUAACAAUAACUGUAUUUUGCUGCUACACUGAUAUUGUUUAUGCACUUACUUUCUAAUCAGUAGCUCAUUGACCGCUGGGUUGUUUUUGUUUUGUUUUUUAACUAGAAUUCUUCAUUCGACGUUAUUAAGUAAAUCUGAAAAAGAGACUAUGUUAUGGUUCAUUGACUUAUUCAACUUUUGACAGCAUCUUUAAUUUUUUUUAAUUGCAGAUAAGUAGACGCACUGGUGCUGCUCCUUUGUGUAUGUGUGUGAGCGUAUGUAAUAAUGUUAAAGAAGGCUAAAUAACAUGAUGGGAAAAAAUGGUGUGUUUAUUUAAUGACCAGAAUUUUUUUUUUACUUCUCCCAAAUUCAGGGUCCUAUUAGGAGUCUUUCCUGCUAUAAGAUAUCAAGUAUAAAUGGGAAAUAUAUACAUAUACAGAUAUAAAUUAGCCUUUGGUUAAUUAACUUACCCAGAAGGUGUUCAAAUUUUGAUUAAAAUUGUAUGUUUUGUUGUUGUUAGUUUUUCUCAUAAUGAAUCUUCCUUGCCAAAAAAAACAAGAGGUAAUAAACCUUAGCUCAUUGUCUACUUUUGACAAACACUCAGGUGCCUACAAUCAUUAUAUUAUAUUGAGAUACUUCAUGUUCCUAGUUAAUUUACAGAUUCUGCUGGGUAACUUUUAUGACUUAAGGCAGUGGAUUUUCACAGCAAAAUUUAUUUUGCACAUAAUCUGACAAACAAGGAAAACAGCUAAUUGAGCUGAAAGGUCUAAUACUCUUGGGCUCCUUAUAUCAAGUGCUGCCCACACACCUGCUCCUAGCCCUGAUUCCUUGUCUAGUCAGGUAGCCUUAACUUGUUUAAAUCCAUAAUGGUUUGACCUUUUCCUGUAAUGAUAUCUGUAACUUCUCUUUAAAACAAAAGCAAUCCUCACUGUUAACAAAAGAUAGUUAACAAUGCAGGGCUCUAAUAAUGACGACCCAGUAGGAGUCACUCAGCUGACUGCGUGGAAGUAUCGGAGCACUGGUAGGGUGACCCAUCAAAGGUGGCAGCCAGUCGGCAAGUCUUAAAGCACAGAGCAGGAGCUCUAUCAGUCAUACACCUUUUAAGUAGAGGUCACUGUUACCAAAGCCACGAAGAGAUUUUGAGUUCCUUACAUGUGUGCUAUUUUCAAUAGUGUCAUUUAUUAUGCAACUUGCAGUAGCUGAAAAUCUUUAUCCAAAUAGAGAUUCAGGUUAAAAUAUGGGAAAAGAAACAAAUCUUCAUAAAGCCCUCAUCAUGGCAACCUAACCUUCUGUUCUUUCCACCUGCACUGACUUGCUGUUCUUAAACAUUUUCUUUAUUUUGUUGGUGUUGUAUCCGCCUGGUACUAGUCUUAGUGAGACAGCAUGGAUUUUAUUAGAGUUCAAUUAAAGGAAGCUCCCCAACCCCUACCCCUGCUUUUUCUUUUUCAAUUAUCAUGUGUUUGGACCUGAAAAGUGGCAUAGCUGCUAAGUUGACUUUUAAUAAAAACUGUGCCUGAGGGAAAAUAUGCCUUUUUAAAAAGUACCUCAGAACAUUUUCCUAUUUUGCCUCCUCAGUUUCAUUGGUGGUACAGGGAAUUCAGCAGUAAGUAUCGUCUGUGUGUAACUACAGGGCAUUCGUGCUUCCCCACUCUGUAUUUGUGACCAGCUGAAAAGCUGGGUCAUAGACAAAACAUUUAUUUCUUCCAAUAAAAGUUUAUCAUUAAGCCUAUUACAUACUAGUUUUGUUUCAAUUCAUUAUAUUAAUAGAGUGGGAAAUGCUUGUUUUGAAAUAGCAAUUCUAUAAAAAUAUUAAUUUUAGCAAAUUUUGCCAAAAAGAUAUAGAAAUUUGGAAACAAAUUUCUCAUUUUCAGCACAAAAAUAGAUAAUAGUCCCUAAGCAGUAAGAGAGAAUUCCAUGUAUUUAAAUUGUGGCAUCACUUAGUAUAGUUUAAACUGAGCCAUAUCUAUAUUUGUUUAUAGGCAUUUAAAAUGGCCAAAUAUGUGUAGCAUUGAUAAAAAUCAGUACCUGUAAACAUCAGGAUUUAAAAGGAAAUUGGAAAACUGAAGAACUAGUGAAAACAAAAAAAGAAUGAAUCUCAGUAAGGCUAGUUGAAGACAGACUUGGGGUAGAAAAAUCAACUAUAGAACUAUAAUGAAAAUACUGGCUAAUUAUUACAAACACAGUGGGCAAAGAUUAAAAAUAACUAGCAAGACUUUAAAAAGUAAGCACAAUUACCAUACUGGAAAGAAUAGAAUUCAGAAAUGCUUUCCUAUUGAGAAUUUUUCCUAGGUAAAAAAAUAAAAAGGAGCAAUAAAUUGCCUUUGGUCUGGGUGCACAGGGGUAUACAGGACCCUAGAAUUAAUCUUUCCAAUCAAUUCAUGAUUCAUCAGAUCCUUUUUUCAUAUCCAGUUUUGUUUCAAUAAGAAGAAUUUGGAGGACGUGGAGAAAAUGGAAAGUUAUUAAAUAAUUAAGAAAAGACCUAUUUAUAAAGAUUAUACGUUAGCUUAAAGAAGAAGAGGUACGUGGUGAUCUUCAAGAAAAGUUAAUAAAGGAUAGGCAUCCACUAUGGCUACUACUAAGUCUAGAAUAAGAAAAACAGUCAUCACUGUGAAGCAUUUAUAUUCACUCUGGGAAAGAGAUUUUUAACAGUGGGAAAUUUAUCAGUGUAAUUGAUAUUCAUAAGGAAGAUUUGUUUUUUAAGAAUUAAAUAUUAUUGGUUGAGAAUUAAAUAUUAUUGAUUGUCUAGUAAGGAUUAAGUUUUGUGGCAAGAUAUCUUAUGAUAAUGUGUGAUAAUUCUGGGAUUCCACAAUUUUUUGCUGCUUUUAUUUAAAACUUAAAAAGUACAUUAAAGUUAUACUGGUUAGACUUGAAAUAUUUUGUCCCUUGAAAAUAGGAUAGCAAUCUUAAUUUUUCCAAAACGUUUGGUGAAAAACAAAACAGGGUUGUUGGUGUUAUUUUUCCUUCCAGCUAUAUUUCAUAAUAUCUUUAAAGAAUGUAGUAAUUUUACUAUAAAAAAACCUCAAUUGUCAGAGUCUAAAAAAACAAAUGUCCUCAGGAAUAUUUCAGAAAUAGGUAUGCAACCCCUCAGGGGAACAAAUGCCUCUCAAAUUUUAUCUUUUCUUAAAAGAAUCUUCAAUUUAAAAUAUUUGCUUUUCCCAUGCUUUAGAAAAUGUUCCUGUAUUGAUAGUCUUUCUGUUUCAAACAAGCAUGAAACAUCACUCAAAUAAAUCAAUUACAAAUGUGGACAUUUUCUGAUAUUCUACUUUAAAUAAAGUCCUUAUAAUUCUCAAUUGGAAAUUAUAAAAUAUGAAAAGGAAGACAUGAAAUAUAUUUUCUACUGGGUUAAGAAUGGCAAAUUAUAAUUAACUAGCCAAAAAACAUAAUCUGUAUCUCAGAAAGACACACCAUGGGAAGCUGAUGGAUUUCCACCAAGGAACUGUGCUGGUUCAACCCAUGGAGGCAACUGCAUUAAUAUCAUAAAGAAGAACUAGACUCAAAAGGAACUCUUAGGAUAAAUUUUAAAAAUUUGCCCUCCCUCCAUGUUUUUUUUUUUAAUUUAUAAACCAGAGUGAUUUUAAAUAGUCCUUAUAUUUAAGAUUGCAAAAAAUUUACAACAUGUUUUCAGUAAAGAGAAUAUAAUUCUUCAAAAAGCUAUUAAAUUGGAGAUGUGAUAGAAAGCAUGAUCAAUGCUGAUACUGAUUAACAAGUUUUUACUUUAAAAUCAAUUUCUGUGGACAUACAAGACCAACCUAACUCCUGAGUGAUCUUUUCCAUUGUUUGUAAUAAUGCCCCCACAUGAGUUGUAUCUGUAAUUUAAUUCAUCUUUAUUUAAAUGCCAUUAACUACCACAGUAUGUGGUAUAUGUAUCCUGAUUCUUUUGUGUUUACAUCUGAAAAAUGUCAUCUAAACAUCUCUUUUGUCCUUCUUACUCAAAGAAUAACUUAAAAAAAAAUUCAGUAUUAAGAUAUAUUCCCCAAUCAAGAAUUUUCCAGAAAUAAUAUUCUGCUUACAAAGAAGAGCAGCAAUUAACUGCCUUUAGUAUAAGGAUGUGAGUGCAUAGAAGUCUGCUGUGUAAAAUGUUGCAUGAGAUAUUUCACAUCAUGUAAGCUUUCCCAUAUUCAUAAUACAAACACUAUAGAAAGUCUUAUUUCUCUUGUGACCUCUCGUUAGGAACGUAAGGAGAUUGUUAACCUGUAUCUGGUCUCCUUCCCAUAUUGAAAUGCAUGGCUCUAUUCCUCAGUGUAUUUUUAUCCCUUUCCUCUGGAGUUAUUUAAAAUUUGCCCUAUUUAAACUGAAGCCUGGACAAACUGCAGAGCCAGAUUAUUUCCGUGAUUGAAGUUUAAUUGCUAUAGAACUUUGGUUGAGAAUACAUUUUAAACUUUUUUUUCUGUCAGAAUUAUUGUUAUGGUUCUCUAAUGAAAACACUGAGAAGUAAAUCUGAUGCUUUCUAGUAUGACUGUUUUUCUCUCUAAAAAGUCAUUUUAAAACAAAGAUCAGAGAACUAUAAACAGACAUUUCACCAUUUUGUUGACAAAUCAUUAUUUGAUGAUAAUGGAGACAAAGAAUGAAUUGUUUUGUUGUUUGACUUCAGAGAUAUGAUUGUGCACUAAAUCUUAGCGGAAGUAAAUGAUUUUAAUAUUACUGUCACAGUUUUUAGCUCAAUGGUUUGACUGUUAGAGUUGAUUAAACAAUUCUUUGAAAAUAUUUUAUGACAUCUUGGUAAUCUACACAGUGUUUUUAUUUGCAUGAAUAUGCAUAUGUGAUGAACCAUACAUAAUUCUGGCAUUGUAUUUCUUCCCAGUAUUAACACUUGUGUAAUGUGUGGCCGACCCUGAUUUGUAUACUGUAUGAUUAUUGUUGUAAUGAUCCUGCAUUUAAUUGCAAUUUUGUUAUUAUCCCUUUCAGUGUUAAAUGAUGUAAAGUGUUUCCACUGAAUAAUGAUACCAUAUGAAAACAUGACUAAAAAUCUGACCUAAGAAACUCUUUAGUAGCUAAUUAGUUUUUAAAAUUCGAAUUUCAAAGGAAACUUGUUCUUGAAGACAAAUGUGUUUAAAUCCAGUUAUUUUAUGAAUUCAUUUUUGCUUGUCCUUUUAAAGUUUUUUGUUGUUGACAAUCCUAAGUGAAUGUCUCACGGGAGAAUCCAUACAAUAUGUGCUUGUAUUUGUAUUUGAUCAUGCACUCAAUGGUUGGAAAAGGCACUACAGUGCUAAGAAAAUAACUGAGGCCAAUACAUCAAUUCUUUUAUCUUGGUUUAUGUUGCCAACUGAAUAUGGUUUAAUGUAUAACUCUUUCUAGUAAAUAAACUGGUUAUCUUUCAUUCA